AUGCCACCCUUCCUCCCCCGUAAAAGGCUCUCCUCCACACCACCUGCUUCGCCGCAAUCUGUUCCGACCAAAAAGGCGAGACUUGCAGAUGUCUUAGACGCCGAAUCUAGAAACGUCCCUGGCCUCGACAAGAAAAAGACCUUCUCCGUCGGUAGCGAUGACUCAGACUCAAGCCUCAGUGAGGUGGACAGCAACGAGUUUGAAGAUGUGCCGGCCGCACCUCCACAACCUUACGGUCCGCUCCAGGACCAAGGGGAUAAUGACGAUGAGGACGAUGAGGAUAAUAUAGAAUGGGAAGACGCUGGUGGAAAACCCUCGGAGUACCCAGCACGUACACCUUUAGCUGACGGUCCGAUCGAACUGGUCUUCCGAAAAGACGACGAUGUGGUUGACUACGGCACAUCCGCUGCUGCGACUAAAGGUAAAACGGGUCCAACGAAGCGAGAGAAAGAGGCGAGGGUACGGGCUCACAAAAUGCAUGUUCAAUUUCUACUCUGGCAUAAUGUGAUUCGGAACAAGUGGAUUUCAGACAAGACAGUCCAGCAGAUCUUGGUCCAACAAUUGCCACCGCAGAUUAAAAAAGAAGUCCACAAGUGGAAGAGGGCCAGUGGCCUGGUCGACCUGGACACUGAGGCGAAGUCGAAAGCGGAAAAGAGUAAAAGACGAGGGAAACAGAAGGAGAUUAACCCACGGAAAGAGAGGGACUGGGGAAGACCAAGUCAACGCGUUGAAAGGGGCAAAGCCGACAUGAGCAACGGUGACCCCCUGAUAUCACUCAUGAACGUCUUGUCUGCAUACUGGAAAAAGAGGUUUGCGAUUACUGCGCCAGGCCUGAGGAAACGCGGCUAUGGAACCAAACAGGCGUUGAAGCAGAUCAUAUACUCCUUCAGAAACGAUGAGCAUGUUGAUGAGGAACACGGAGAGCGCAUCCGGAAUCUCAAAGAGUUCCGCGAGGUGGCAAGGAGAUGUGAAGGUUCAAGGGACGUUGGAGCUCAGCUUUUUACCGCCUUGCUCAGAGGUCUUGGGAUCGAGUCGAGGAUGGUAGCAAGUCUGCAGCCCUGUGGAUUUGGCUGGACAAAAGCGGAGCAGUACCUGGCCCGGAAGCCUUCGCAGUCCGUUGAGAUGGAUACGUCUUCUGAAGAAUCUGACUUGGGUGACUCCAAAUCUAUUUCGGAGAUCACGAUGUCGCGGAGUACCAAGAAGCCAAUGCAGCGAAAAGCAACGCAACCGGUCAAGAGACGCAAGAACGACGGUAGUUCAGAUGGUCCCAUUAACCUUGAUACAGAGGCCGACGACAAUGACAACGAAGAGGGGGUGGAUCUCCGAGACGACGAUUCACUAAUGGAUAUCACUCCCUCGAUGCCCAAAAAACGUCCACAGAAGUACGAUCGCGAUAACCCCUUCCCAAUCUACUGGACUGAAGCAGUGUCUCCCAUCACAAACAGGAUCCUUCCGGUGUCCCCUCUUGUUCUUGCAAAUCCAGUUGCUUCCACCCCGGAGAUCUUGGCUUCUUUUGAGCCUCGUGGGGCCAAAGCCGAAAAAACGAAAACUGUCAUAGCUUAUGUCGUUGCGUAUUCGUCUGAUGGGACCGCUAAAGAUGUUACUGUCCGAUAUCUGAAGAAGAAGAUAUGGCCGGGCAAGACAAAAGGGUUUCGCUUUCCCGUUGAAAAGAUCCCGGUUUAUACCAAACAUGGCAAGAUCAAAAGAUACGAGGAUUACGACUGGUUUAAACGUGUGAUGAGCUCUUAUGUACGACCGGACUUGAUGCGCACGGCUGUCGAUGAUAUUGAAGAUUCUUCUGAUCUUGUCCCGCAGUUGCCGGAGAAAAAGGACGUCAAGUCAGAUGUGGACACUCUUCAGAGUCUAAAAGCUUCGGCAGACUUUGUGCUCGAGCGUUUCUUGAGGCGCGAAGAAGCAUUGAGGCCCGGCGCAAAACCAGACAGGAUGUUUGUGUCUGGUAAGGGUCCGAACCUGAAGGAAGAGCCUGUAUACCGUCGCAGCGAUGUAGAAAGGUGCUUGACGGCAGAAUCAUGGCAUAAAGAAGGCCGGAGACCAAAAGCAGGCGAGACUCCGCUGAAGCUAGUGCCUGUCCGAGCGGUGACUCUGACCAGGAAGCGUGAGGCUGAGGACUAUGAAAGGCAGACGGGAGAAAAGCAGAUGCAAGGCCUUUAUUCCUGGGAUCAGACCGAGUACAUCAUUCCUCCUCCUAUUGAAAAUGGCGUCAUACCCAAGAACGCGUACGGGAAUAUCGAUUGCUUCGUGCCUAGCAUGGUCCCCAAGGGUGCAGUGCAUAUCCCCCUCAGAGCGACUGUGCGGAUAUGCAAGAAGCUGGAUAUCGACUACGCAGAAGCUGUGACUGGGUUCGAAUUUGGAAACAAGAGAGCAGUCCCCAUCUGCACAGGCGUUGUCGUUGCGAAAGAAAACGAGAAAGCUGUGAUUGAGGCCUGGACCAAGUUCAACGAGGAGCAACGGAGGAAAGAGGAGGGCAAAAUGGAAAAGUUAGUGCUAGACCUGUGGCGAAAAUUCGUCAUGGGGCUGAGGAUCCGCGAGCGAGUCCAAGAUACCUACGGAGACGUUCUGACCGACCACUCUGAUCUGACUCGUGGCAUGAGCAAGGAUCAGCGGAUUAGUCUCGACGACGACGACCGCAUGCCGGGGGCAGCGCUGCCACAGGAAUCUGAUGACGACACCUUUGGCGGCGGCGGUUUCAUUGUUGAUGAUGAGCCUGCAGUGCCUGAAGAUCUAGAGAUGGUUCACCAAGAGGAGCCGCCAGAGACGAACAAGUUGAAAGGCAAGCAACGCGCAGCUGCAGAAUACCCGACGCCCACAUCACUUUCACCCUUGAAAGCGCCAGUGCGGCGGCAGCGGCAGUCUCUUCUUCGAGCAGCUCAGGAAAGCCAGAGCUCCGAACUGUCAUCCGUGUCCAGUGAUGAUGCUGAAGACGACGAAGACGACGGCGACGACGACGACGACGAUGAUGAUGAACAGUCUGAAGCUAUGAACGAUGCAUCUGACGAAGAGAUGGGGGUCUCCAUGGGUCCGACAUCAGACAGAUUGGUCGAAGUAUCUAUACCUGGCCCUCGUCUCCGGCGCUCAACGAAGGGGAGGGCUCAAUCGAACGUACCCAGUUCUCCUGCCAGUGAUAGCAUUGACACGUCGGACGAUUCUGGGCCCGCUUUAUCUGGUGGUCUGGAAGAAGACGAUGGAGACGAGUUUCGGCCAGCAAAGCCAUCUCCGCGCAGACCUCAUGCUCGAGAUACGGUUAAGUCGGCGUCACAGCGAACGACCAGAAAUAGCACGAGACACCAGCGCUCCACGACCGCAGCUGAGGUCAAACACGGUCAUGUCAAAGAAGUCUCAGAGGAUGAGAUGGUCACGCCGCCAGCAAAACGGACCCGCCGGCGGUUGAGGCGAGAUAGCACGAUUGUGACGAGCCCGUAUUUUGAGGGUUAG